UUUGUAUUGAUCAUUUGCGGUUUGCUUGUAUGCUCUAGAUUGGUUUUUUUUGUAUGAUUAAUUUGUAUGAGAAAAUUGAUGUUAAACUUUUAUUUUGAAAGAAACUUGUUAUUGUAAAUUUUUUACCACAAAAACCCACGGGUACCCAUGAACCCGCGGAUACCCAGCGGGUUGGGUUGGGUUUGAGUUUUUCAAACCCAACGGGUUUUACCCCGGGUUUUUUUGGCGGAGAAACCCAUGGGUUUGGGUUUGGAUUUGACAAAACCCGCCCCAACCCACCCCAUUGCCAUCCCUAUUCCUGACCCACCUCCUAGUUGAGCAUCUACCUCUCUAUUUCUGCAUUUAGAACCCUCUAGUAGGCCAAAGUAGUAUUGGCCGUUGUUAAGAAUUCUUGGGGUGGGGGACAUUAUCAAAUAGAGGACCUGCAAGGAGUCACGAAUCAAAGUACUAGAAAUGAGUCACUAUGUGAAUGCCAACUAAAGAUAUUGGGUGAAGCUGCUGGUUGUGGCCCAUUUCUCCUGCAACUUGCAUCGAUGUGAAGCCACAAGCAUGAGCCCGUUCGAGUUGGCUAACUGUUGACACCUAAUACGAUGACGACGGGGUACAAAGGCAACAAUCCCUCUGCCUACAAGUUUGCACAAAGUUGGCAUGAGAAGAUGAAGAUGACCAAAUCUUAUCUAGCUCGAGCAACAAGGAAGAUGAAGAAGUGGACUGAUAAGAAGAGGCGUCACUUGGAGUUUGACGAGGGAGACUUGGUGAUGGUGAAGUUCUUCACUCAUCGAUUCAAGCAUCUCAAGAAUGUGCACAAGGGGCUGUUGCGGCGUUAUGAGGGGCCAUAUCCUAUUUUUAAAAGAAUUGGCACGAUGACUAACAAAGUAGAGUUGCCAUCGCAUUUGGCAAUUCACCCAAUCUUUCAUGUGAGUCAAUUGAAGUCAUAUCAUGAAGACAAGAAAGAUGAGGCGAGAAAGGAGUUGGUGAGAGCACCAACUCUCAUCACCACAACACAUGAGCAUGAAAUCGAGAAGAUCAUCGCUCAUCGUGUUGUGCCUAGGCAUGGCAUUCACCCAAAUUAUUUGGAGUACCUUAUCAAGUGGAAGGGGCAUUCGGAGAGUGACAUCACUUGGGAGAAGAAGCUUUCAUUGUGGCGACACAAAGACUUGAUCAAGGCAUGUCAUGUGAAGACCGCAAAGAGGGCGCCGCGAGAUUGAGUGGGGGAUAAUGUCACGAGGAACAUUCUAGAAGACCGUAGAAGGGUGUAGUAGGAUUUAGGUAAAUCACAAUCAUUUUAGAUUCAUAUAUCAAUGUACAUGCAUCCAUAUUUAUUAUCCUUCAUGUACGGACUUGAUUCAUGUAAUGGGGGGACUUUCAAGGUUCAUCCAUUAAUGAGGGGCUACCUAUAUUGUACUUGGCGUAGAGGAUUCCUGAAUAAACAACCCUUUCCUUCACUUUUCAUCAUUCAUAAAUAUCGAGAGUAAUU